UUGUUGACGUCCAAAUGUGCGUCUUGCGUCACGCCGCUGCCGGUCGUUUGGGAAGCAGCGUCGAACUAUCCGCACUACCGACAGCACAUGAUUUGUAUUUAUAAAGUUAAAAAUGACGGUGUGUAGCUUCUUUCUUCAAGGUCGGUGUAGAUACGGAGAAAAGUGCUGGAAUGAACAUCCGAGAGGCGGAAGAGGAGGAGAUUUUAGAGGAAACCAGCAGCCCAGCAGAGGAGGUUUUGGGAACCGUGUGUGGAUAAACCCGUCUCAGCGCACCGGCGGCGAAUUUAUCCAGCCGUCCUCAUUCUCUCGUGGCGGGAAUGACGACUGGAGCCGAGGAGGAGGAGGAGGAGGAGGAGGAGGAGGAACGUCGCGAGACGUCAGGAGCUCCGACUUCAGCUUCAGCAAUCAGAACAGAUUCUCAGCGCUCUCCUCUCACAGUCACUCUGAUAAAGGUGGACAGAAAGCAGUGGAUGACAAUGCAAAUUAUGUGGAUACAAUCCAGAAAGACAUGGAGAUCUGGCAGACCUCUGGCCAGUGGCCGUUUUCCUGUUAUUCUGCCCUCAAAGGCCGAAUCUCAGGCUUUGUUGAGCUGUCUCCUGAGGAGUUGAGACUGGAAUAUUACAACGGUCGAGCGUCUGGUGAUUUACAGGCUUAUAUGAACUCCAUUCAGCAGCUGGCAAACCAGUGGAGGAGCAGAGUUCAGGAGAUGCGAACCAUGAGCAGCUCCACUCAGAUGAGCGUGAUCUCGGAGCUGAACAACCCCAGUUCACCAACAUCAACACACGGGUUUGGGUCGACAGGCUCCGGGUUCGGCUCCUCAGCAUCAGGGUUUGGAUCUUCAGCAUCAUCGUCUGGAUUUGGAGCAGGAGGGUUCGGUUCGGCCUCUCAGAGCAGUAGCACUUUCAGCUUUGCCCCGUCCAAAGCUGGCUUUGGAGCAUCAAAUACCCAACAGGCCUCUGGUUUUGGCAGUGAUGCGUUCGCUCAGCCCUCGUCAGGUUUCGGCGCUUCCGCUCCGUCUGUGGCCUCCUUUUCAUUCGCACCUCAAGCCACAGAAAACAAAGCCAGCGCUACAGCGUUCAGCUCUGCAUCCACGUUCAGCUUCAAGACGUCUUCAGGAGGUCUGGGCACCGAGUUUAGAUCCUCAGCGCCGGCCAACAGUGGCGGCGGCUUCGGUCAGAGCAGCGCUAGCAGUGCGUUCAGCGGCGGUGCAGACGCCAGGUCUUCUGCAGACAGUUUGUUCACGCCCCAGAGUGACCUGACGGCAGAAGAACUGAAGGAGUUUUCAGCAAAACGCUUCACGCUGGGUCAGAUCCCUCUCAAACCACCUCCUGCUGACCUCCUCAUGGUCUAACGUGGACUCUGGGGGUUUGGGAGCGGGUUUGUCUUUUUAAUGUGACAUUAUUAAAUGUUUAUGGACUUAAGACAGUGUGUCUCUGUGUUUUAGGAAACUUCUGCUUUCACAAAUACUGGUAAAAUCAGUGAUGGUCUAAAUAAAAUAAUUGCAAAUGAAGUCAUUUGAAAAAAAUACAAUUUUAUCUAUCAAUCCAUGAUAAACUGCAUUCAAAUGGCAUUUGUUGCCUUCAGCUCACUAUUGCAAUCCAUUAAUUGCUUUGCGAAUGGCCAAACUCCUGAAUACUCCAGCAAAGUCUUAACAACAGGCUUUAACAGGGUGAGAUGACUGGAUGCUUUCAACUGAUUUCAUAUUGAUCUGUCAGCAACUGAACUGCAGCUCAAACUAAAUUAAGCUUCAAACUCCAUCAUAAUGCACAAUGUUUACAUCUAACAUGUAUUUUGAGCUGCAGCUCGUCAUAUUAAUGCAGUGUUUCAGUUAGCAUUAAACCGGUUACCUCACCUCAAUAUGUUCCUAGAUUUGUGUUGGAUGUUGUCUUUAGUAUGG